AUGGCGCCCUCCCUCCUGUCCCAAAAGCUCCUCUGCUUCGAUGUCUACGGCACUCUCAUCGACUGGGAAACCGGCAUCUACACCGCGGCCCUCCCGCUGCUCUCACAACUAUCCCCUCCACCCACUCGCGCCUCCUUCCUAUCCACCUACGCGCGCCUCGAAACCUUGCAGCAGACCGCGACGCCGGGGCUGCGCUAUUCGCAGCUACUCAGCGCGGUGUACGCCCAGCUAGCCGCGCACUACUCACUGCCCGCACCCAGCUCGGAGGCAGAGGCGUUCGGCGCCUCAAUCGGCGACUGGCCCGCAUUCGCUGACUCGGCGGAUGCGCUGCAGCGGCUGAAGGCCAGCUUCAAGCUCGUCGUGCUGUCGAAUGUCGACCGCGAGAGCUUUGCGAACAGCUUGCCGCGGUUGGGCGGUGAGGGGGUGUUUGAUCUCGUCCUCACCGCUGAGGAUAUUGGCGGGUAUAAGCCCGCGCUGAGGAACUUUGAGGUCAUGCUGGAGGAGGUGCAGGAGAGGUUUGCGGUCGCGAGGGAGGAGGUCUGCUGUACCGCCCAGAGCUUGUUUCAUGAUCAUGCGCCUGCGAAGAGGUUGGGGCUGGUGAGUGCGUGGAUCGAUAGGCAGGGGGGUUUGAUGGGGGUGGGGGAGGUGGAGGGCGCGGGGUUUGAAUGGAGGUUUGAGACGCUGGGGGAGAUGGCGGAGGCGGUCGAGAGGGAGAAGGGGGAAUAG